UCACUGCUAUCUCUAACUGAACUUAACGUAUCCGUGAUUCCUUCGGGGUUUAGCAGCCCACGACAUCCCUCAACACAUUCCCCUUGAAAUCGUACUCAAAAUCGUCCCAUUACAAGCCAAACAUUUCCAAUCAGUACUAGUACUAAUUCAUUACUUCAACUUCAUAACUCAUAACCCAUACCUCAUUACUCAUUAUUCAUUACUCAUUAUUCAUUACUGACACGAAUGGCCUAACAUGAACUUUGACCGAUUGAAUCCGCUCUCGCGGUACCUUACAUUCAGUGGAGCUCCACCUCCUCCGAAAUCAGAUCAGGGAACAGUAAUAUCUGGUGAACAUCCAAGACACUCAAGUAUUACUAGUAGUAAUAUAGGAUAUAUUAACCCCAUCGAAGUUAGUGAUUGGGGGAUUGAAGGUUCUAUAUCACUGCCUACAUUAUCUCAUCAAAAUUUAUUUACAACUCAUUUACAUCCUGUUCAUUCUACAGUACUGAGUCAAAAUUAUUACUAUGAAAAACCCAUAACAACUGUACCAAUACCAUCAAUACCACAAAUUCCAUCUAUUUCUACCACUGAAAACUUUACAAAAUUCAUUGAAAAAUAUCUUGGAAUGAAUAAUAUAUAUCAUAAAUUCUGGGAACAGUUCAAAUAUACUUUAGUAGUAUCUAAUUUAUUGGAUCAUACUAUGAUUCUAUCUAAAAAUGAACAAUCAUUAACUAAUCUUGAACAUGAUAUAUCUGCGUUACAUCAAACUCGACCUAUUACUAAAUUCACUACUAUUGAUAAUGAUGGAUAUGAAUUAAUCCUUCUGAAUAAAUCCUAUUCAGUAUCUCAAUAUACCACAAUCAAUUAUACUCAUACAGAUAAUUCUAUCUUACUCAUAAUUAAUUUAAUUAUACGACUUAUACGUCAUUUAACCACAAAUCAUCCAACACAAAUUACCAUUAAAUUAUUUAAAAUCCUUCUUAUAUCAUCAACUAAAUUACUUAAGAUUAAACGAUUGAAAUGGUUAAUUAUAUCUCAUCGAAUUAAAGCAUUAUUAACAGAUUUUCUUCUACAUAAUUAUCGAGUUAAUAAAUUCCUUAUACAAAAACUUAUAGCUUAUAAAGAGAUUGAAUUAUUUAAGUAUCUACUGCUGGAUAAUCCUUAUAAGCAACAACUUGAAAGUCAUAUUAUGAAUUCACUUCAUUUACUUAAUCUUAACUUUCAAACAUCUAUAAAGCAUCUCCUUCCAUAUAUGAAUGGAGAUUUAUUAGAACUGUAUUAUCAAAUUAAUCAUAUUGAUAUUUCUACCACUACCACCACUAAAGAAGAUACUAAUUCAGUUAAUAUAAUUGUCACUCAAUUGAAUCGAUUCAAUCAAUUACGACGAUUAUUCAUUUGUCAAUUAUUAAGUCUUAAUGAACCUACUAUUAAACAAACAUUCUUUAUCUAUAAACUUUAUGAUAUGAUAUGUUAUACUGAACCUCAACCAUCAGUCAAUUAUAUUCUGCAAACUGUUAAAUUAAAGCUCUUGAGUUCAAUAUUUCAAGAUCUUAAUGGAUGUCUUGGUAGUAUAAUUAAUAGUUUUAUUAAUUUCGAUGAGAUUUAUAAUACUAUUAAGAAUCAACCAGCACAAGAAGAUCAAAAUAUUUUAGCUAUAUCUACUAGUGUAAUCUCAAAUAAUUCAACUGAAUUAGAUAAUGAUACACCAUUAGAUCAAUUAAUUAAUAAGAUAUCUAAUCUUUGUACUAAUUUACAAUACUUUCAGAAAUAUAAUCAAUCGACUCAACAAAUUGAUAAUAUUGAUGAACUCACCGAGAAAGUGAUGAUAUUUAAUCAAUUUAGUGAAGAUAUAGUUAAACUUAAACAAUUAUAUCAAGCUAGUGUUGAAGGUUUUCAAGAAGAAUUACGGAAUUCUGAGAUUCAAAUUAAUAGUGAUAUCUCCAAUUAUACAUCUCCUCGUUCAUCAGUUAAUGGAGAAUUCAAUUUGAAAACUUUCCAUACAAAGACUCAGUCGCAGACUCAAUCACAACUUCAAUCACAACUUCAAUCAUUAACUCAAUCUCCAGUUCAGUCUAUGGCUCAACCCAUGACUAGAACCAAUUCAUUACGUUCACCAGGUACUUCACCAAGAGACAGUUAUGUUUCUGCCGGUAAGAAACAUAAACGAGGGUCUGGUGGAUUACAAUUGGGACUCUUGACGGUGGUUGAAGAGAAUAAUUCAGUAAAGCAACAAUACCAGCAAAGACAACAUCAAAGACAACUGUCAGCCUUUGAAGCUUACAAUCAGGAUACACUAAAUAAGCUCAGUAGCAAUAGUAAUCCUCAUUAUUCUCUUAACUCAGUAACUUCUAAUGUCAGUAGUAUCUCCGAUCUCAUUAGUUCAAGUCAUAUCACUUCGGAUGACUUAACCGAUGAUACAGCCACUACCAAAUACUCCAAGUCCGAGCUUAAGCUUAAACUUGAAGAGAGUUUCAAUCGGAUCUACAGUCUCGAUACUGUUUAGUUAUUAUAUUUAUU